CGCUGAUGAACCUCUUCCCAUCCCUCCUGCUACUAUUCGCCCUCAUAAUAUGCACGCACACGGUGCCAUCCCAUCACCCGACACCCUCUCACGCCGACUCACCGCUCUAUCUCCGCGAGUCAGUCGGCCUUCCUCCCCGCCAGGCUCGCGUCCAGAUUCAGCUUUUGCACAAAUGAUGUUGAGACAUGAUCCCGAGACAGUGUCUCCUAUAGGCAAGAUCUCUGCAAAUGAGAGUGUUGAAGAAGACGAUACCGAUACUCCUCCGCUGUCCACAGAAUCUACACCGCUGGAUGUGGCCGACAAAUUGCGCCUCGAUGUAUCGGUUGAGCUGGAAACAGAAGCAGAUGAUAAAGUGCUCUCUCCGCGGCCCAUCAAAUUGAACGGUGCUUCGUUCCUGCGACCACAGAGCGAGACGGAGGACGAAGCCUCAGAGUACGCGGAAACCUCUUCGGAUGCAUCGGAGGGGGCCGACGGCGUUAGGGAGGCAAUCAGAGGUGUAUUCCGGCUAUGGAUGACCUCGAAGCAGAAAAAUGCGCUGAAUUAUGGGAAGAGCAAUGGAACGGCAGGCGAAAGAGAGUUUUUGAGGAUCGUUCGAGAGGCUAUCGAAGAAUAAUCGUGGUGGAUGAAUGUCUUAUCAUCAGCAAGCGAUUCACAACAAAGUGAUAUUGAUUUUUGAGUCUAGCCAACAGCGUCGUAUAUCACAUCUGUAUUCCUUACCAAGUUCGCACUACUUAGCUAACCGUCAUCC